AUGGGCAGUAUGCAGGGCACCACAGAAUCCACAACAGGCUGGAGGUCACUAAACAUCGCCAUUGCUGGUGGUGGUGUUGGUGGUAUUGCGGCAGGUAUCUCUUUACGACGGGCGGGUCACAAGGUGACAGUUUAUGAACGAUCAGACUUUGUUGGAGAAGUGGGUGCAUCGAUAUCAUGUGCGGCCAACGGUACCCGGUGGCUUCAUGAUUGGAACGUCGACAUAUCAAAAGGUGACGGCGUCGUACUCCGCAAGCUCAUCAACAGAGACUGGAAGACUGGUGAGCCUGUGAGUGUUUACGACCUCGCCGACUAUGAAGAGAAAUGGGGUUAUAUCUACUAUAUGUUCCACCGACAAUAUAUGCAUCGAAUGUUACUAGAUUGCGCCACCGAAGAUAAAGGGGCGGGGCACCCUGUCAAGAUUGUCGUUAACCACAAAGUCCAAGAUAUCGACCUGGAAAGCGGCAAGAUCACUUUUGCAGACGGCACCACUGCGCAGCAUGACGUUGUUGUUGGAGCUGACGGAAUUGGAUCAGUCGUUCGUGGAAUCAUUGGUAUUACACCCGAUAAGCGUCCAGCAGACCAAAGUUGUCUUCACGCCAAUGUCGACACGGCCACAGCAGUCAAACUCGGUUUAGUGGACUACUCGCAAAACGCGGCACUCGAAUACUGGGGUGGACACCAUACAUACGAUAAAAUCGUUCUUUCACCCUGCAACGGUGGAAGCUUACUAUCAUAUUAUUGUUUCUUCCCCAGAGAAAAGGGUGAUUUCACGAGUCACAAAUGGGACGAGGAGGCACCACUUUCGGAACUGCUAGACCCUUACCCAGAACUUGACCGACAAGUCUUCGAGCAUCUAAAGAUUGGCAAGGAAAUCAAGCCAUGGCGACUAUGGAUCCAUGAACCAUAUGGAUGGUGGCAACGCGGAGUCGCCUGUGUCAUGGGAGACGCAGCCCAUCCCAUGUUCCCUCAUCAAUCCCAGGGCGCUUGUAUGGCAAUUGAGGAUGCGGCAUGUCUCGGUCUUGUGUUCAACCAACAAAACUUCAAUGGCGAUAUUCGCCAGGCACUGGAAACAUACGAAGAGAUAAGAAAGCCCCGAGCAACCAAGGUUCAAGCGGCUUCUGCCAGGGCCAGCGUUAACAUCCACGAAAGAAUAGGUUUCUCCGAUAACACCAAUAAUCCUCUUUACAAUGUAAAAGAUGAAAGCCAGAAGUUGACUAUUGAAGAGAUGAAUUCAUAUGAUAUGAAAAAGCAUGUGAGAGAUGUCCUCAGCUCAAAGCGAAUGGGGAAGGCAUAA